CACAUGCUUACCCAAACUGAAACUGGGAUGAUCCCAAUCCAUAGUAUUUGUUUGUCAAUGCAAUAUUUGAAGGGAAAAAAAAAAAAGUGCGAGACAGAGAGAUAGGAACAAAUUUACAAGCCGUUUCAAUGGUAUCCGGUGGUCUCCGUCAGUUCAAUCCAAAAAAAUUCUAGAAACUCUAUUUGUUUUAAUUAUAUUACUAUAGCGCCGCGGAAUAUGCACGCUGUAAAGGAUGGGGAACAGAUCCCUGCCUUGGAACUUGGACACCCAAACAAAAGAAAAGUUGACCCCUUUGUGGUGCUUUUAUAGUUCCCAAGUUCCACUUCUUAUAAAUACAUAUCAUACAUCAAAUGCCUCUUCAAACCUGGUCUCUAGCUUCUUCAAUUACCCAGCCUAUUUGUUUCCCUGCUUUUUCAUAGCCAAUACCAAGCUCUUUUUAAUCGUUGUUAAUUCGUGCCUUUUCUUCAAGUACUGAUGACGGAAUUGGUUUCAGUUCUUCCCGACGAUAUUGUCCGCGAUUGUCUUGCUCGUGUUUCUUACGAGGGUUUCCCGACUAUCGCAUCAGUGUGUAAAGAUUGGAUGGCCGAGAUUCAGCUUCCGGAGUUUCACCGGCUACGGAAGGACGCUGGCCAUGCUCAGAAACUCAUUGUCAUGGCCCAAGCUCGGGUCGAACCCAAUCUCAUGACUUCCGGCGUAAUAAAGUGUUCGGUUCAUCACCCGGUUCACCGCCUUACUAUAUGCGAACCGGAAACCGGUGUUUGGAGGGAGCUGCCGUUGGCGCCCGAGAUGUCUGCCGGAUUACCGAUGUUUUGCCGCUUGGCUGGAACGGGGUCGUAUUUGGUGGUGAUGGGUGGAUGGGAUCCGGUGACGUGGACUGUCUCCAAUUCGGUGUUCGUCUAUAAUUUCCUGACUGCCACUUGGCGGCGCGGGGCGGAUAUGCCGGGUAGGCCCAGAACGUUCUUUGGGUGCGCAUCGGAUUCGGAACGACGGAUGGUUUAUGUCGCCGGUGGACAUGACGAAAACAAGGUAGCGCUGAGAUCCGCUAUGGCGUAUGACGUGGACGAAGACGAGUGGGUCAUGUUACCUGACAUGGCAAGAGAUCGCGACGAGUGCAAGGCGAUAUUCCACGCUGGCAAGUUCCGCAUCAUCGGUGGCUACUGCACAGAGAUGCAAGGCAGGUUCGAGAGAACGGCCGAAGAAUUCGAUGUCUCCACGUGGUGUUGGAAUCAUAUAGAGGAGGACUUCUUAGAAGCUGGCAAGUGUCCACGCACUUGUGCCGGAGGCGACGACGGGGCAGUUUACAUGUGUAGGGGAGCUGAUGUGGUGGCGAAUAAAAGUGCCAAAUGGCAAGUGGUGGGCAAGCUACCUGCUGAGGUGUGCAAUGUCGCUUACACGUGGAUGUGGCAGGGAAAGUUUUUGGUGAUUGGUUCUGCAGGGUUUGGCCGAUCCCACGUGGGUUACAUCCUGGAUUUGAAAUGUUAUUCAUGGAGGAAAGUACAGACCCCUGAGAACUACUCCGGACAUGUUCAAGCUGGGUGUUAUUUUGAGAUUUAACCCUGCCGUAUUUGUUUUUUGUUUUUGUUUUUGUAUAUUUUUUCCCUUUAUUUAAUUUAAUUUUUUUUAAAGCAAAAUCUUUACUUGUAUAUAUAGAGUCAGAAUUGAAAUUGCUAUAAUCAAUAGGCGUGUUUUAUGUUAAUUGCAUCCAAAACAGAAUUAUUAUUUGAAAUUGAAAAUUUAUUGUCUAAUUUCAUUUACCAAAC